GCCACAGGCAACCGUCAGCUCCCGGGCACCCGGGGGAGAGUCUUAUGUCAUAGUUGAAGAGCGACUAGCAAAGUCAAGGUUGGGAACGGCAAGGCCGCAAUAAUUCCCCCAUCUCGUAACUUGAACUCCUCCCCCCCACCCUUGGCAUUUCCGCCUGCUCUCUCUUUCCUUCUUCUCUUCUUUCACCAAUCUUCCUUGAACGAUCAUCUCCCCCCACACGCCAUCAUGAGUUUCAAGGGUUUUCAGAAGAGCAUCGUGCGUGCCCCGCAGCAGCUCAAGGUCAAGUUCAACAUCGGUGAACACACCAAGGAUGCCGUCUAUACCGAUGCCGAGCGUCGCUUCGACGAGCUUGAGAAGGAAACCAAAAAGCUCCAUGAUGAAUCUAAGAAGUACUUCGAAGCUAUCAACGGCAUGUUAAGCCACCAGAUCGAAUUCUCAAAAGCAAUUGCCGAACUCUACAAGCCCAUCUCCGGUCGUGCCUCCGAUCCCGACUCUUACAUAUUUGAAGGAAAUCCCGAGGGUAUUCAGGCCUGCGAAGACUAUGAGGCGAUCGUGCGGGAAUUGCAAGAGUCUCUCGCCCCAGAGCUGGACAUGAUUGAGAGCCGAGUCAUCAGCCCUGCCGAUCAACUGCUCGAGGUGAUCAAGGUGAUCCGCAAGGUCGCCGUCAAGCGCGACCAUAAGAAGCUGGAUUACGAUCGCCAUCGCGCAUCGCUGAAGAAGCUGCAGGAUAAGAAGGACAAGUCGCUCAAGGAUGAGAAGGCCUUGUACAAGGCGGAGAACGAUGUCGAACAAGCGACCCAGGAAUACAACUACUAUAACGAUUUGCUGAAGGAAGAGCUACCCAAGCUGUUCCAGCUCGAGGCGGAGUUCAUCCGCCCACUAUUCCAGUCCUUCUACUAUAUGCAACUCAACGUCUUCUAUACGCUACAUGAGAAGAUGCAGGGCAUGAACAUCAGCUAUUUCAAUCUCGCUCUCGACGUCGAGGAGGCCUUUGAGCAAAAGCGUGGCGAUGUCCAGGAACGUGCCGAGGCCUUGCUUAUCGUGCACUUCAAGACGAAAGGACUCGGCCGGACGAACUCGAAGGUGAGCUCGCUGAAGGCCUCCGAGGCCAAGGCUGGCCGUGGACGUGCAUCUUCAACCGCUUCCGAUAACCCUCCACCUCCAUACUCCUCUGCUGCCACUCCCAGCCCAACGGGCAGCUUCUCCGCUGCAGCAAAGGGCAAGCCUGCUCCGCCACCUCCACGGGCGAAGCCCGCGCACCUCAGCAAGCCCGUUGAGACGGUGGUCGCUCUCUACGAUUAUGAAGCCCAAGCGCAUGGCGAUCUUGGAUUCUCUGCUGGUGAUGUGAUUGAAAUUGUGACCCGGACAGACAACCAGAAUGAGUGGUGGACCGGGCGAGUCGAUGGUCGGGAAGGUCAAUUCCCAGCAAACUAUGUCCAGUUACAAUAGCAUGUGGAGGACAUCCCAUGUGUUUCGUUUUUAGCUCUUUCGCUUUUCUCUUCUGAUUGUGUUGCUCUUCUUUUUCUUGGCGCAUCCUGGUUCUAUAACAUAGAGCGUUCCGUGUGUUAUGUACAUAACCUUCGUUAAUGUUUUGCUAGUUCAGCCUUGCGGAUAUGGUGAUGAAACCGAUGCGACGUCGGACCCAGUUAUGGUUGGAGGGUACAUCCUACCGACAUAAUCAAUAUCCAUUUAUCUCUCCUGAC